AUGUCUACUGAGCAAGCAACUACACCUGCGGCUGAAAAGCCAAAGACUCCUUUGGAGACCCUCACUGCUCGUCUCCCAGACAUCACUAGCAAGGCCGACUACAAGGAGAUGUGGGGAGUUGAGCUUGCUGGCCCCGACCACAUUCCCACGCAGGUGAUUCUACAAAAGUACUUGCGAGCAAAUACCAAUGAUGUUGAGGCUGCUGCUACACAGCUCACGUCGAGCUUGGAAUGGCGAAAGAAGAUGAAUGUCACGUCGCUGCUCUCCGAGACGUACGACCAGAGCAAGUUUGGUGAUCUUGGCUUUGUCACCGUGCACAAGGACGAUGCUGGCAAGGACACUGUCAUUACGUGGAACAUUUAUGGCGCCGUCAAGGAUAACCAGAACACUUUUGGCGAUGUUGAACAGUUCAUCAACUGGCGUGCGGCACUUAUGGAGCUCAGCGUUCAGAAGCUCAAGCUUAACGAAGCCAAGGAACUGAUUCCCGAGGACGGCGACGACCAGUACCAGAUGCUCCAGGUCCACGACUACAAGUCUGUCAGCUUCUUCCGCAUGGACCCCAACGUCAAGGCUGCCAGCCGGGAGACCAUCAAGACCUUCUCCAUGGCAUACCCGGAGCUGCUUGCACACAAGUACUUUGUUAAUGUGCCCGCCAUUAUGGGCUGGAUGUACGGUGCCAUGAAGCUCUUCCUUGCCCCGGCCACGCUGCGCAAGUUUCACCCCAUGACUUCAGGCACUACUCUCGCCACGGACCUCACCAGCAUUGUCUCUACGUUGCCCGCCGAGUACGGUGGUAAGGGUCCCAGCGCCAGCACUGGCGAAACUGUCAAGCUGGGAGCAAAGGCACCUGCUGCACCUGCUGCUGCUGCUGCUGCUGCUGAGACCUCCGAAGCGCCCGCCAAGAAGGACGAGGAAGCGGCCCCUGUCGCAGAGGCCGAGCAGCCCAAGGUUGAGGAGACCAAGGUCGAAGAGACCAAGGUCGCCGACGAGCCUAAGGUUGCCGAAACUGAAAAGGUUGAAGAAGCUGCUGUCCCUGAGGCAGCUGAGGCCAAGACUGCCACUGCUUAA